UGCUAAGAGUUUUGCCUGCUUUUAUUGUAGUAGAUACAUACGUUGAUUCAUUCAUCUGAAUAGAAAUCAAACAAAAAAAGCGUCUUUACCUCGUGAGUGUGUUUGAUCCGUUCAAUAUGAACUGUUUGCGACCCCCAAUGGUGGUACUUUCAAGAUUGUCAAGAACGAUGGAUUUACAAGCAGCUGGUUCCUUGACAGUGCUCAUUAGAAAGGAAUCAUCAAGCAGUAAAAAAGGCUCGUUUUUUCCACCUCCUCGACCAAUGGGGCCUAAUCCUAAGAAACAGGAAGAAAUGGCCAAGAAACUUAGGGCUAAAACACCUAUUGGACGACUAGAUGAGCCAGAGGAAGGAGCCAAGCAUCCACACCAGGAAAAAGACCCACUGCCUCCUUUCCCCAACGACACGAACCCCAAAACCGGCGAGGUUGGAGGACCAAGAGGCCCUGAGCCAACGAGAUUUGGGGACUGGGAAAGAAAGGGGAGAGUUUCAGACUUCUAGAUAAGACAAAGAAGAGAGUGAGUCAAUUGUGCGGUAGGUCAGCGUGCCAUGAAACUGAAAUUUCCAAACCGCCGUACCACAAGGGGUCAUCUGAAAGCCACGUCUCUUAUCACUUUCCAAAUGUGUGAUCAGGCCGAAGCAGACGCGGAUAUGUGAUCUCUCCGCCUGGUGAUAACUUUGAGUUCAACUUGACCUCCCAUGGAAAGUCGAAAAAGAAGUGCUGAGAGAUGUUAUCGUUCACGUGAUAGUGCCAAGGGUAAUCAACCGGUUCAGUGAAAUGAGAGGCUCGGCAUAAUUUCUUUCCUCAUAUUUUUUUUAUUAAUUUUUUCUUUAUAUACACAAAUGUGGGUGAUCUGGAGUGAACAGUGUAAUAAAUAAAAUGUGCUGUGAGGUGUGUCUGUCUGUGAGUGUGACUUGUCGUCCGUGCAGGACGAAACUUUUAACAACCAUUUCCCUGGGAUGAGGCAAAAAUGGUUCCAACGCUUAUUGGAAUGGCGAUCAAGCGUUUCUUAACAAGAAACAAACAAAUUUCGACAAACAUCUGUUGGAAUUAAACAAUCGUUUAACCCAAAGAUAGCUUUUUUACAAAUAUAUAAUAUAUAAAUAGCAUAUUCAUUUACACAAUUAUCAUCUACUUGCAAAAUUCCCCGGGUUUCUUUUUUUUUCAAUAAUAUAUCAAUAAAAUAAUGAUCACAGACGCCUUUAAGAAAACUACUUGCAACAGUGGCGUACCCUUGUAGAGUAAAGGAACACAAAGGAUAUCUUUAUUUAUAUGCAUGAUGCAACCCCCAAAGAAACGACAAAGGACACAAAAUAGACUGGCGGAGCUUCUCGAAAGGAGGUGUGCAAAACGAACCCACUGAAGAUUAUUUCGGCCGCUCCCUUCCUUUUUGUACUUUUGCGCAGCGAGGUGCUCGUGGGUUGUGAGUGUUGGUUUGGCGUCUCCAAUCUACCGGUUGAGCAGCGCCAAACUGGACUUGCGCCGCUGGAUGGAGGCCGUGUCCUGGAGAAUGGCCUGCGCGGCGAAAAAGCCGAUCACGCCGAGCGCCGCCACCAUGAAGUAGAGGCCAAUGGGCAGAUUGGCCGCUGUAUAGACGCCAACGAGGCAGGCGGCCACCUCGCCGAUAACAAGCAGCAGCGCCGAGGCCACGGCUGCGCCCAGCACCGACUUGGCCACAGUCGAGUGCAGCCCGCGGAGCAGCAGCAAAACCAGCGUGGGCAGGUUCGAGCCGCUGUCCGACGAUUCUUUCAGCUGCAGCGGCGCCAGGGCGGCCGAGAUCACGGCCAUGGCGGCUGCCUUGCGCUGCCGCAGCUUGCUUGUGGCCGUUGGCAUCGGGUGCACCACGCUGGCUGCUACUUCUUUUUGUUUCUUCUCCGUCAGCUUGCUCUCAGAGUUCGCCGCAUAAAUCACUGCAAUCACAAGACAACAAGAAUUUAAUAAAGAAUAAAUCAUAGUAGCUCUCAUUUGCUUCUACUGUGUUUAAAGCGGUUCAAAACUUAAUGUGACGAGUUACACACCUAAACAUUUACUGUCAAUCGUAGGAAUAUUAAAAGCGAUUAGUAAUUUUA